AGGACAACUACAGAGCUAUUGUCUCAGCAUUUCCAUGAAGACGCUGUACAGACCAUGUUGGGAGACCAUGGUUGACGAAAAGUCAGACUCGUUUAACAUCACAAUGGAUGAGCGCUCAGGUUCCCAAAAAGUGGCAGAAUCAAAGGAAGCAAGCGAAAAUGUCGGAAAAACUCUUUCAGAAUCGGCUACACAUGUACAAGAGCCUCUUAUCGGCAGAUCAGGAUGGUCGAUAUUCAGAGUUCCAGCACAUGUACGUGAAGUUGACAAGGGAGCUUACAGCCCCAGGAUUGUAAGCAUUGGUCCAUUUCAUCAUAAUGAUAAACACGCCACUCUCCAUUCAUAAAAAAAAAAAAAACACGCCACUCUGAGAGCGCUGGAAGUUGAAAAAGAACGGUUUCUCAGUCGCCUUCAAGAGCGAAUGAGCAGUGACGACUACGAACGUGUUGAAGAUGCCAUGAAAGACAUGGAGGAACAAACCCGAAAAUGGUAUCAGGAGAAGUUUGAAGGUAUAAACAGUGGUGAUUUUGUCCGGAUGAUGCUCCUUGACGGUUGCUUCAUUGUAGAGCUCCUGCGCUUAUACACCAUGAGUUACCAGGUAAAUGAUGCGGAGCCCAUUUUAGAAACACGUUGGAUGGUGCCAAAUAUCGGUCGUGAUUUACUGUUGCUUGAGAACCAACUUCCCAUGUUUCUGCUGCAGAAAAUAUUUGACAUUACCACCUGGUCCACCUCCAAGAGCGAGGCUUCUCUCAUCGAGCUUGCUCUCCGAUUCUUUGAACCACUGAGGCCUGGAAAGGACAAAUUGGCAAACGAUAUAGUACUGAACACCAAAGAGAAGCAGCAUCCACAUCUGUUAGCUCUGUUUCAGUCUACCUUCGUGACUAGUACUACCAAGGACAAAACCAGAAGUUUUUAUGGGCAGGGGCCGGUGGCAAAAAAAUAUUUUUGUUUCAGGCCUGGUGACAUGUCAGCUCUCGAAAAAGAUCGAUCGAACAGUUUAUGGUCCAAUAACGUGUUAGCUCCCGAAAAAGAUGAAUCCAACAGUUUCCGGUCCAGUGCCGUGUCAGCUCCCGAAAGGGAUGACCUGAGGAAAUAUGACAAAAUUCCAGGGAAGGGUUGGGUCCAUAAUGCCACAACACUUACUUAUGCUGGCGUUCGAUUCAGAGCAAAAUCCGGUAGCUUUCUUGACAUAGAGUAUAAGAACACAUUCUUGAUGAUUCCUACUCUAUUCAUUGAUGAUGGCACCAGUACUUUGCUGAGGAACAUGAUAGCUUAUGAGCAGAGCAGCAGAUCUGCAACGCCGUAUUUUUCUUGUCUUGCAGUAUUCUUGGAUAGCAUAGUGGAUACGGUGGAUGAUAUCAACAUUCUUCGUCGUGCGGGGAUUAUCAAACAGGCAAAGGGUGGCGACCAAGAGGUGGUGGAUCUUUUUAAUAGUCUCACCAAAGAGGUUGAGAUUGAUAUGGAUGACUGCUACAUAAUGAAGCAAAUAAAAGAAAUCAACCGUCAUUAUAGAACACAUGAGGCUGUGGUUAGAUUUUACCGCAUUCUCUCCAUGGUAAACUUUAAUCGUAUUGUCACAACAUACAUAUCUACUCUACUGACGUUGAUCUAUAUCUGGUCCGCCAUUAGGUUUUGCAAAUGCAAAGACGGUAAAAAGGGACCAACUUAACGAAAUAGGCCAGUGCUGCUGAUCAGGGCAUCAGUAGCAAUAGAAUAAAGGACUUCUCAAUUUGAGAGGAUAAGUACGUAGCAGUGGUAUUUAAAUAAAGUACUCGAUCUCCUGUUGAUCGAGAGUUGGUACGUAGAAGUCUAGUAAUAAUUAUGUAUAUAUAUGAUAGGUAUUUACGUCAGGAAGUUCAUUUGUAGUACUUAUAUAUAUGAUGGCUAUUGAUGAAGUAGUCGAUGGUGAUUAUUAUUUUUUACAAUACAAUGUUUGUUUUGGAGGUCA